AUGUUUACCCAUUUACAAGAGAAACCCACAAGUUAUUUUAAGAGAAUAUCCGAACAGCAAGGAAAAGCAGCUGAUUCUUUUAAAAGUUUAAUGACUGUUUCUGAUAAAGCUCAAAUUGCUUCUUACCAAGUCUCAGAACUGAUCACACAAAAUAUGAAAGCUCAUACUUUGGGUAAGUCACUUAUUUUGCCUGCUUGCCAAAAGAUUGUCAGUACGAUGUUAGGAAAUGAAGCAGCUAUGAAAAUAAGCAAGAUACCUCUGUCCAAUGAUACUGUUAACAGGCGUAUUUUGGAAAUAUCUUCUGAUAUUGAGAAAAAUGUAUGUUGUAAUAAACUCCAGUGUUCUGAUGUUGCACUGCAAGUUGACGAGUCAACUGACAUUACCAACAAGGCGCAACUCAUAGCAUUCAUUAGUUUCAUUAACGAAAAUCAAAUAACAAAUCAGUUUCUUUUUUGCAAAGAAUUAAGUCUGACAAUAAAAGGUGAGGACGUUAUUAACAUCCUGAAUAACUACCUUGAUAAAUGGCAGUUAUCGUGUAAAUCGAGUGUAGGCAUUUGCACAGAUGGAGCUCCUUCUAUGAUAGGCUGCAACAAGGAUCUUGUAUCUUUUAUAAAGGAACAAAAUGAGAAUGUUAUUAUAACUCACUGCUUCCUUCUUAGAGAGGCCUUGAUGUCAAGAACAUUAGGAGAGGAUUUAAGAGAGGUCUUAGAUCAAGUUGUUCAAAUGGUGAACUUUAUUAAAACAAGACCAGUUAAAUCAUACCUAUUUGAACAGAUUUGCACCAAUAUGGAGUCUCAACACAGACGGCUAUUUUUACACACCGAUGUGAGGUGGCUGUCAAGAGGCAAAGUACUUACUCGUGUACAUGAGUUACUACAAGAACUUAUCACAUUUUUUGAAGCAAUGAAACAAUCUCAUUUUUGUAACCUCCUUCAAUGUGAAUUUUGGAUAACAAAGUUACAAUAUUUGGCAUCUAUUUUUCAGUAUCUCAAUAUUUUGAACUCUAGCAUGCAAGGGAAAGAGGAAAAUAUCCUCAUAUCCACUGACAAAAUAAAAGCAUUUCAGAGAAAGCUACAGAUUUGGAAAAGAACAGCGAUGGAAGGCAGUCUCGAAAUGUUUCCAUUGGUAAGUAAUAAUUGCAAAACUGAAAUUCUGCCAAUGAUAGUUGAACAUUUAUCAACUUUAGAAAAAAUUUGA